CUGUCACCGUCAUGCCCCCCAUCAAAGGCAGAGUGUGGGGCUCUUCGUUUUUACAUAUUUACCCCAUACUGUUUCAGCUAGAUUGGAUCUUGCUGCAUGUAGUUGAGGUAAAUAUUUCUGCAAUCUUUUCCUUGGCCUUGACAAUUGACAAUCGAAAAUCGAAAAUCCACAUCGUUUGGAUCCUCCUUCGCAUCGUCCUCUGUUCAGUCUCUCCCUCAUCAUCCUCUCUGCGUGCCUGUCACAACCAUCAUCUAUCUAUCUAUAGCUAGCUACAGAGGACCCUCGACGUGUGAGGAUGUUUGUCACAGCACCAACACUUCUAUUCGCGGUCUUGUGCCUUUUCAAAGUGUUUGUAUCCGGAGGAACGGCAGCGGAAGCAACACCAGGCCUCGCGUAUCAUCUGUACGAGAACGCUGCACUGGCAGGAACACCCAGCGCCACCGGCAUUACCACCUCGGUUGAAUUGUCCCUCGACAAACAAAGAUCCCGACUUGUUCCAAAUUCUGAUACAGAGAGCAAGUGCUAUUUGUCCGGCGAACUGGUCGGAACCAUCGAAUUUCCCACUACAGACAAGACUGAGGUCUACUAUACAUUUGACUGUCAAUUCGCUCACACAUCCACAGGAUGGGUAUGGGUCGAUGGACACGUUGUUUGUGGAGACAGGAGUGCCUUCAACUACUCUUUCCCAGCAAUUGACAAUCCACUCCCCAUUCGAAGAAAGCGCAGCUUUCCUUUUCGAGCACGGAUCACCAGCAAUCAAACUGCAUGUGAUAAUAUUGCGAGCGUAAAAGUGAACUGGAAGUCUGAUGCGACGGCUGUCACGACAAAUGACGAUGAACAACAACAAAAUCAGCCCUCUUUUCGCUUGCUCGAACACGACGAAUCGAGCAAUGGUAUUGCGCUGUCACCUCGGCUGCCUCCCAGCGAAGAAACACGAGAUCGACUCCAGCGAAGCCUUCUGCAGGGAUGGGGGUCUUGGCUACGCUUCAACAUGAUCAGUGUCGUCAAGUUGCCAGAGGGUCUUCUGUUCACUCCCAGGAUCUGUCAACUUUCAACCAACAAGUGCUUUGAAGUUGCCAGUCCGGAAACCGAUGGCGUCCGAGUGGACUUGCAUGCCUAUGAUCGCUCCUACGUGGGCUACAACCUGACUCUGACACAACCACAGGUAUCCUUGUCAAUGGAAUAUGCUGUAUCCGGCGAACGGGGAGAAACGUUGCAAUACCUCAUUACAGUAUUGGACGCUCCUGGCGACAAGAACGAUUUUAUCGUAGAUGUUGCCGCCAGAUUCGCAUGGUUCCGACCCGGAACUAUUUCCACCACCACGGAUGACGAGGGCAACUUGAGUCUUACGUUUGCAACAAACGGACUGGGUACCACCAAUCUUACAAUCGUUGCGGAACGGCCUGUGGUUCAGACACAAUCAUCCAUUGGGUUGCAGGAGAGCAGAAGACUCCAAGAGAAUCCGUCGUCAGGAAAGUCAUUCUUCAGCUUUCGCUUAUCAGGAGGCAAAGGCUCUCGCUUGGGAUUCGUGGCUGGAAUGACACAAAAGCCAUCGUUGGAUCAGUUGCAAGCAACCCUGAAGACCAACAAGGCUAAAGAAUACCAGCGUCUUGAAACCAGAUUUGGACCUGCUAAAGCUCCUGUUGCAGAAGCUAUCCAGUGUGCAGCCAUGUGGACGGUGAUAUAUAAUCCUAUAGAGAAUGGGCCUCUUAUGCCUGUGUCCAGAUCAAGAGGAUGGUCCUUUCAGAAAAAGUCGGGAGCGACCACGGAGGACUGGACGUAUGUCAUCUUUGAUUGGGACAAUCUGUUUGCUUCGCUCUUGGCGGGCCUUGAUAACAAAGAGGUGGCCUAUUCCAACCUAUUUCAAGUUGUCAAGUCAAAGACCGCUCAAGGAUUUAUUCCAAACUACGCUGGCGGUGGAGUCAAAUCACAGGAUAGGACAGAACCUCCUGUGGGUGCAAAGGUUGUGCUAGAGCUGUAUCGUAAGUAUAAAGAAAAGUGGCCGGUCGAGGUGGUCUUUGACGACUUGCUAGAUUGGAAUAAUUGGUUUGUAGCCAAUCGAAUGUUGCAGCCAGAAGGAAUCGUGGCGUUGGGAAGCUUCUGGGAGGGAGCACCACCCCACCCGGACAAGGGCCCUGACACCAUGAAUAGCAUGCAAGCAGCUCGAUUCGAAAGUGGCCUUGACAACAGUCCCAUGUACGAUGGUGAAAUCUAUGACAAGAACGGCACACAUCUGAUGCAGUUGUAUGACGUUGGCAUGGCCUCUUUGUUUGCACAAGAGGCUUACAGCCUGGGAGAGCUGGCGGAUAUCAUUGGCCGUGAUCCAAAGCUGGGUACUAUGCUCCGAAAAAGGGCUGAUGACAUGAGAGACAAGAUCCAGAAGCUUCUGUGGGAUAGCCAACAACGCGCCUUUGCCAAUCUGUAUCCAAAUGGAACUUUUUCACAUCAUAUCAGUCCUACCAGUUUCUACCCGUUGGGUUUGGGCGCAGCAUCCGAUGAACAGGUCCAAAGCAUGAUGGGAUCUUGGAUGUUAAACUCAUCGCGUUUCUGUAUUACUCCUGAAGGUGACUUUCAAGGCAAUGAUCCAAACGUGUGUUAUUGGGGUCUACCAAGUAUCAGCGCUGAUGAUCCAACCUAUAUGAAAGCCAAUUUUAUCUACUGGAGGGGCUACAGCUGGGGUCCAAUGGCUCAACUUGUCUAUUGGAGUCUACAGGGACCUAAACAGAGCGACAUAGUGUCGAAGGCAAAGAAAGCGCUUUGCAAACAGAUGGAAUCUCUGGUAAUGAGUCAGUGGAACCUGAACCGCCACAUCUGCGAAAACUACCAUCCUCAUAAAAACGCCAGCGACUGUAGCGGGACAAGGUAUUACCACUGGGGAGCACUGAACGGCCUGAUUGGUAUGGUCGAAGACGGAUAUUGGUAGAUAGACAACAAUUUGCACAGAGCCACAGCUACAUGUAAUGAAAGACAGCUACAUGUAAUUAUAUGAUCUAUAGAAGCCGCAGGUCGGCUCACCCAGUUUGCUUCAAAAUGCUAUCA